AUGGCGUUCCAAGACAAGCCAAGCAACAAUGCUACUACGUUCCCCGAGCCAGAGUCGCACACGGCCGCAGCUGACCUGGCCGAAACACCGGGAACGACUCCAGCGGCAAUCGAGAAAUCAGACGCGGCAGAUGCAGAGACGCCUAAGUUAGCACACGACUCCAUGGUCACCGUGCGAUUGUCUGAGCCGCCGGCUCUAACGUUGGACACCAAAGCUACGUUAGACGACGACAAAAAUGAGAAGCAAAGAAAAGAUAGCGUGUCGACAGAUCGAUCGCCAGUUGCGGAAAGAGAGAGCACUGGAGGGGAAAACUCUCAGAAGCGCUCGUCAGCCGAGUCUAGGGCAACGCCCGAUUCCAGCCGCACAUUAAAAGACGAAUUAUACAGCGGGGAGGAGGAUGGUGACUCUCGCAGGUCCUCGGACGCUGAUUCUGUCAAUUGGGAGGAGCUUGAAAAGACGGAGGAUGCGCAGACCAAGGACGAUGAGACGGAUAAUUCCACCACACUCCUAUUGCAGCAACUGGAGCAAGAAAACGCGAAGCUGGCUACGAAUCCGAAGACCGUCAAAGUCCAAGUUGCGCGCGACUCGAACGCGAGGAGACCUCGUCCACCGUCCAUGGCCCAGCUUCGACAAAUGAUAGAUGGACCGACACCAUCUGCUCUCCGCUAUUCAAUGCUUCCUCCACCGCCCAUGACUGACCUCGAAUUCUGGGCAGCGUUGGUCAAGGACUACCAGCAGACUGCUGGUCGCCUACCAACACUGCUCUCAAAUAAAAUACACAAGGGCAUCCCACCCCCGUUGCGAGGCGUGGUAUGGCAGAGCAUGUCUGGGGCUCGCGAUGCGGGCCUGGAAGAACAAUAUGAGAAACUCAGCGGGGAGUCGAGUCCUUACGAGCCCCUGAUUGGCAAGGAUCUUGGUCGAAGCUUUCCUGGAGUUGAUAUGUUCAGGGACCCAGAUGGUGAUGGCCAGCGCAUGCUAGGUCGUGUACUCAAGACCUUCAGCCUGUACGACACGAAGAUUGGCUAUUGCCAGGGCCUCGCGUUCCUGGUCGGGCCCCUAUUGAUGCACAUGCCUGACAAGCAAGCAUUUUGCGUCUUGGUUCGUCUGAUGGAGCGGUACGACCUCCGGACGUGCUUCCUCCCAGAUCUCUCGGGCCUCCAUGUUCGCAUUUAUCAGUUCCGGGAACUUUUGAAAAGCAACCUGCCAGAGCUCUCAAAGCACUUUGAGGAUCUUCAGGUGGACCCUGCGUACGUAUCACAGUGGUUCCUCAGUUUUUUCGCCGUAACCUGCCCUCUACCGAUGCUGUUCCGGAUCUACGAUGUCAUAUUCGCUGAAGGUGCCCCGGAGACACUCAUGAGAGUGGCGCUCUCAUUGAUGCGCAAGAACGAACAGCGACUUCUAGCAUGUACCGAGCUGGAAGAUGCGAUGCAAUUGUUACUAUCGCGAGGCCUGUGGGAUUGCUACCAUUACGACGCGGAAGAGUUCGUCGAUGACUUUGUCAGCUUGACAAGCGAAGUGUCAAGAGAAAAUCUGGGCCAGUUGGAGCAGGGGUAUCGUCGAUCGUUGGUCGUGGCCACCAACGCCAGUCGCACAUCAGACACGACAAACGCUGCGUCGAGGUUUCUGGGCCGAAUAUGGGCUUCGUCGACAAUUGCGCCCAAAUCGAAUACUACCUUGAGCCCGGGCGCUGGUGCCUCACCCCGACCCCUGAGCAUGUUGCGACGCAGCGCAUCGAAGCAGAGCCUUGCAUCGACUCUGAACUCGAUAGAAGCCAGCUCUUCAAGCGUAACAAGCUCAGCCUCGACCGAAGCCUCCCUCAUCUCCCGUGACUCUUCUCGGAUGGACGACGAAGCGUCGGUUCUGGAGUCAACGCCCGUGGGCAAUAAGACAGCAAACAGUACGAAAACCGUCGACGAGCGGUUAUUGCAUAAUCAGAUUGAGGAUCUUUUGACCGCGAUGGGCGAGCUCCAGCGGAGUCACACCGUACUGGCGAACCAGCUGCAGCGUGAGAAGGACGAAAGGCAGGAGGACCAGCAAGCAGUCCGGCCACUGCUCGAUGCCCUCAAGCAAGAGGCAAUUUCAAAAUCAGCAGUGGACGAGAAGCUGCCGGCGAGCCAGGACGGCGAGGUAGAACUACAACACGACGUGGAGGAAACGGCGACGGACCUUCCUGCGUUGAUCGAGCAGGUUCAGGCUAGGUUCCCCGACCAGGAAUGUGAGGACCGCGAGUCAGUUCUGCAGUCCAAGACAGAGCUGCAUGAGGAGCUGGUGAGCGCCAAAGACCAGCUGGCCGUCUCGGCGUCGCAAACGCAGGGCCUGAAUCGCCAGAUUCAUGAUCUAAGCACAGAGGUCGCUUCGUUGAAGGAUCAGCUUCGCGAGAGCCAUGCCCACGUUCGCCUACUCCACCAAGACAAGCACCGUCUAGAGCAUCAAGUGCAGAAGCUGCGCACGACCAGCGUUGCCAUGGAGCCCAGGCGCCGAGAGGCCUCGGACAUGUCGAACGUCAAGGGCCACAGCGGCGGGCUUAGGGAAUUCAAGUUGGCGCGCAGCAAGUCCACUCCUUCUAAGGCUGGGGGCUUUUCAAAGCGUCUUUCCUCCCUCCCUGCACGGCACGAGUCUGUCAUCUCAAUGACCUCCACGGCAGGGCCAGCGACACCGACGGCGCCGGCCGCGGAGCUGACGGUGCCGCCAACAGUCGCGGAGCACGAGGCACUGCUUACGGAGCUUGCGAUUUCAAAGACGGCUGAAGCAGUGGCACGUCAGGAGGCUGAUGAGGCGCAGCAGAAGCUGGAGGCCUUCCGCAAAGCAUGCGGCGUUGCGCCUGGCGAGAUACCUGCCCUGCCGUCCCCAGGGAUCAACCCUAUGACUGCCGCGGGUAUGUUUGGUCGCCUCACCGGACAGACGGCUAUGACGCCUCCGGCGGACACAGCAGCGAGGCCACUCGUCGGAUCGCCGAGCGGAUCAUCGACAAGUGGCGGCGGGUUCUGGGGAUGGCGAAGAUGA